AUGGGAGGCGGAUUGAUCGCCGUCGAUCAGCGAGCAUCGGACGGCGGACCGGUGCUGGAGCCAGGGGAGGAGGGCGAACCGGGGGAGGUUCUUCUGCAUUCCCAGCCUGACGUGGGAUUGGUGCUCGGCGAAUCCGACGUGGACGAAUCAGGGAACCUGUACAUCACAUCCAAGCGUGUGGUAUGGCACUCCACGCACACCCCACACGGCGUUGCAGUCAGUCUGGUGGAUCUGAGCAUGCAUGCCAUCUCCAGGGACCUCGACGCAUACCCCAAGCCGUGCAUCUACACGCAGGUUGAUACUGGUGACUGGGAGGACGAGGAUGAGGAGGAUGAAGAGGAGGAAGAAGGAGAAGGGGAAGAGGAAGAAGGGGAGGGGGAGGGAGCAAGAGGAGCAGGGGCAGCAGCACAACCGAACCAUGUAGCCGGAUCAGAGAGGGGGAGAGGAGUGGGCGAGGAUGAGGAAAUGAGGGAGGCGGAAGGAGAGGCGAGAGGAAGCGAUGCGUCUGCUGCUGCUGCUGCUGCUGCUGCUGCUGUGGGCAAUGGGAGUGUGGCAAACGUGUUUGAGCACCUGUCGCUUAUUUCUGAAAUGAGGCUUGUUCCGAGAGACGAAGCUGCCUUGGAUGCCAUUUUCAAAGCGCUGUGCGACAGUGCUGCACUGAAUCCCGACCCAGAAGGAGCGGAGCAAGAGGGGGAGGGCGACUGGUACUAUAACGCGGAUGAAGUGUUGAGAAACGCACGAGUGGUGUUACCUGAGGGAGAUCCGGACCAGUUUGAAGAUGCAGAUGAGGAGGAAGAAGAGGAGGGAGCAGGUGCUGCUGCUGGGUCAUAG